CGCGCGCGGGCGCUAUAGGCGGAGCCGCGAAAGCCCUUGAGGGGGAGGAGCUCCGUGGUCCCUCAGGUCCGUCCGCCGCCGCCGGGAUGCGACGGUCGGGCUUCCCGCCGCCGCCGGCGCUGCUGCUGCUGUGGUGGUUCGUGGCAGGACUCCUGUUGAUGCCUCCUUCUGGGGAAGGCCUCUCCGAGCCCAGAUGCGACUUAUAUUCUCUACCUGGAUGCCCAAGGAACUUUAAUCCUGUUUGUGGGACUGAUGGAGAAACUUACGCAAAUGAGUGUAUGCUUUGUGCUGCAAACAGAGAACAUGAAAAAAGUGUACAAAUUGCCUAUAAGACAUCGUGCUCAUGAGAUAAGCUUCAAGAAAGAGACCUCUGUAGCCUGCUUAGUAAUUGAAACCAUAUUUUAAAAGUGCCUUCCAACUGCUGCAACAGAAACAAACUCGUUUGCUCUACCCAACUUUUGAAUUUGCUUAAUACAGGUGUUCUGUUGAACAAACAGGUGUGUGGCUUUGUGUGUGUGUGUGCUGCGAUGCAGCCAUAAAUUACAAUCUUUGGA